AUGUGGACAUUUGGAGGAUCUCACUGUGUCCCAGAGCCAGAUCCUGCAAAGCCUGAUAUACAUCCAGCAAAGCGAGCAGAUCUAAUGUACACAGAAUGGCCCUAGAUAUGACACCAGAUCCCAAUGUGUACAGAUUGGUCUCAGAUCCAACACAGGCUCCCAGAUCCCAAUGUGUACAGAUUGCUCUCAGAUCCAGCACAGGCUCCCAGAUCCCAAUGUGUACAGAUUGCUCUCAGAUCCAGCACAGGCUCCCAGAUCCCAAUGUGUACAGAUUGGUCUCAGAUCCAGUACUGGCUGCCAGGUCCCAAUGUGUACAGAUUGGUCUCAGAUCCAGCACGGGCUCUCAGAUCCCAAUGUGUACAGAUUGGUCUCAGAUCCAGCACUGGCUGCCAGAUCCCAAUGUGUACAGAUUGGUCUCAGAUCCAGCACAGGCUCCCAGGUCCCAAUGUGGACAGAUUGGUCUCAGAUCCAGCACAGGAUCCCAGAUCCCAAUGUGUACAGAUUGGUCUCAG